AUCCGAACCUCAGAAAAAAUGCAGUUCAAACCACUGAUUGCCGUCAUCCUCUUCUUCGUCGCUCAAAGCAUUGCCGCUCCAAAUCCCACCAAGGAGACGUAUGGAAGUUCUAGCCCAGAGGAAUACGUUUGUACAUCUGAUUUGCAAUGUAAAAUUUUGUCUCUUUACCGUGAUUGA